AGAGACAGGAAGGCGCCGCAGCAUGAAGCAGCAUCUCCAGCAGCAACUCACGGUGAAGCUGCUGCGUGUUUGUGACUUGUUUAAUUUGCUCGCUGGUCAUCGACUAGAGAGUUCACUCCUCAGAGAUUUCUCCAACUCACACCUGGAAAUUACCUUACACCUGCUCUUGUGAGAAUAGUGGUGUUACCUCAUAAAACAUCUGUGUGGGCAGCAUUUUACAUCCUUUGACACCUACAGACAGCCUCCAGCAAGCCCAUGACACAAACAGGAACGUCUGAGGGCAGAAAGUUUUGAUCCUUCUCAUGGAGAAGAAGGCACACUAUGAUUCUAUCCUGGACCGAAGCAAACGCAUUAUGUGGCAGGACGACUGCUACGUGGAUCUUCAGUCUACGUCCUGCUCCGUCUCUUCACAAGCAGAAUCAGAGGAUAUUGGUUGGAUCCAAAAGCAUCAAGACCAGCUGCAACGUUUCAUUACGACCUCCUUCCUGGAGGAGAUGUUAACCCACCUGAGAAAAAUGGAUGUGCUGAGUUCAACUGAGGAAAAAAAGAUUAAGGAAGCAGGCCAGCUGCAGGACCAGGUUAACAUGCUCACAACUACCCUCACCAGCAAGGACUCUCAAGGGUCUGAUGUUGUCCAGGCCUUUAUAGAGAGUUCAGAUUCUCAGGUGGCCCAGCUCAUCAUAAACCACGAGUCCAUGGUAAAAGAGCACCAAGAGGUGCUGUUACGGAGAUAUGAACAGUACAGAGAUAGAGAUUCAGUCAGCUGCCCCAAACUGAACAUCUCUUCAAGGACCUUACUUCUGGUUGAUGGACUUUCAGACCUCCAGCAAAAGGAACAUGACUUAAUGCAGGUUGGAGUGACUCGAGGAAGGAAAAGAAAUCAUCUCAGACAGUUGGGGCUGGCCAAACUCUUUGAGCCCUUGACCCGGGUCAGUUUACCUCCCAGGGUUUCCCUCACAGUUGGGGUGGCUGGCAUUGGCAAAACAACCUGGGUCCGGCACUUCAUCAGACAGUGGAGCCAAGGGGCCAUCUGUACAGACGUGAGCUUUGUCUUGCCUUUCACUUUUUGCGAGCUGAACUCACUGGAGAAAAUUUCUGCUGAGAGGCUGGUCAAAAUGGCCUUUCCUCAUUUAAAAGACCCCGAUCUCGUCCUGAACAGUUCCUGCCGCACGCUGCUCAUACUUGAUGGUUUGGACGAAUUCCGCUGCACGUUAAAUUUCUCAGAUGCAGCUCCUUGCAACGACCCAAAAAAAGAAGUGUCCAUCGAUGACCUAAUUACUAACAUCAUCCGGGGGAAUCUGCUCCCUGACGUAGCGGUGUGGGUGACCUCCAGACCAAGAGUGGCCUCACUCAUCCCUGGAGGACUGGUUGACAGGGUGACUGAGAUCCCAGGAUUCAGUCCAAAGGACAUCCAGCUCUUCCUCAACCAUCACUUCUCUGAGAGGGAUUUUGCCAGCAAAAUAUGGGCUCACUUGGAGUCCAAUAAUAUCUUCAUGGUGAUGUGCUACAUACCAUGCAUUUGCUGGAUAGUAGCAGAUACCCUGAUGUACAUCAUGCAGAGUGAAACACCAGAGAGCCUUCCAAGGACUUGUACUGAGCUGUACGCUCACUUUUGCUCCAUGAAAGCAGAAGUAGGUGAACCAAGAGGCAGGGAGCCUGUAAAAAUGGAGCAGCUCCAUGGGAACAACCGCAAACUGCUGGGGAAUCUUGGACGACUGGCGUUUUAUGGGCUCCUCAAACACAAGUACACCUUCAGUGAGCAGGACCUCAGGGCCUAUGGGAUAGAUCUGCUGUUAACUCAGUGCAGCCUUGGUUCUGGAGUUCUUGUUCGGGAGGAGUCGAGCAUAUACACAACAUACCGGUUCACUCAUUUGACUCUCCAGGAGUUCCUUGCAGCUACUUUCUACCAUGUAUCCUCCAAGCGGGCCAUCUUUGACCUAUUCUCAGAGAGCACCAUGUCUUGGCCCAAGAUCGGUUUCCAGAACCACUUUAGAAGUGCCUUUCAGCAUUCUCAACAGGCUGAAGAUGGUCACUUGGAUGUGUUUGUGCGCUUCCUGACAGGCCUGCUGUCCUCAGUGGUACUGAAACCUCUCGCUGGGCUUCUUGCUCUCGGGAAAGAAGAUGGCAAUCAGAAGGCUUGGGCAGCAGGGUUUUUACAAAGCCUCUUGGUCAGCGGGGGUGCUGUUGUGUCCCUGCGUGCGGUCAACCUGGCUUACUGUUUGCAGGAGCUGCAACACACAGAGCUACUGAGGAGCGUGGAAGAAGAUUUACAGCUUGGUAACCUAGCAGGGAAGUUAACACGGGCUCAUUGUGUUGUGCUGGGCUACCUGCUGCAUGUGUCUCCAGAUUGCAGUGAACGGACAAACCUAACAGGCUCUCUGACCUACACAACUGUGAAAUGUUUGCUUCCACAGUUGCUGUACUGCAGCCAUCUCAGGUUAGAGAAUAAUCACUUCAAAGAUGAUGUCAUGGAAUUGCUGGGAAGCCUUCUGAGCGCCAAAGACUGCCAUAUCCAAAAGAUGAGUUUGGCAGACAAUGCCAUCAGCAACAAAGGUGCCAAAGCCCUGAGUCGAGCCCUCUUAGUGAACCGGACGCUAACAUCUCUCAAUCUUCGGAACAACAAAAUCGGCUCUAAAGGUGCAAAGUUCCUGGCAGAGGCCCUGAAAAUGAACCAAGUCCUGGUGUCAGUAAACUUCCAGAACAAUGCUAUUGAGGAGGAAGGUGCUCAGGCCAUCGCAGAAAUUCUGCAGUGCAACCGCAAACUGGUGUCCCUGAAUGUACAGAAGAACACAAUUGGAGCAGGAGGAGCCAAAAGGAUUGCAGAUGCGCUCAAGACAAACCGGACUCUCACAAAACUGAUUCUUUGUAGUAACCAGCUCGGGGACAAAGGAACAAUCGCUCUGGCGGAGGCUUUGACAGUUAACCACACUCUGCUCUCGCUACAACUUCAGAGUAACUCAAUUAGCAACAAAGGGAUGACAGCCUUAACCAAAGCACUAAGGUUGAACCGUGGCCUUGUGUCCUUGAAUUUAAGGGAGAACUCCAUCGGUGUGGAAGGAGCGAAGAACAUGGCCCACGCCCUCCAUGAAAACAACUCUCUACAAGAGCUGGAUCUCACAGCUAACCUGCUGCAUGAUGAAGGGGUUCAAGCUAUUGCUGGCGCAAUCAAGUUGAACCGAGGCCUCACCUCUUUGCAUCUCCAGUGGAAUUUCAUCAAGUCCUCUGCCACCAAAGCCCUGGCCCAAGCACUCCUUUCCAAUUCCACAAUGCAGCUCUUGGAUCUACAAGAGAAUGCUAUUGGAAAUGAAGGUGUGAUUUUUCUUGCUGAAGCCCUGAAGACCAACUCGUCUCUGCGCACAUUAUGUCUCCAGGGCGUCUCAGCGGGCACAAGUGGCGCCAUUGCAAUGGCAAAUGCUCUAUUGACCAACCAAACCCUGCAGACAUUAGAUCUACGUGGGAAUACUGUUGGCAUGGAGGGAGCCAAGGCUCUGGCUAACGCACUGAAAAACAACAGAAGUCUCAAGUCACUGAAUCUGCAGGAGAACUCUCUGGGUAUGGAUGGAGCCAUAUUCAUUGCAACAGCCUUGAAGGGAAACCAUCAGCUGACAUACAUCAAUUUGCAGGGGAAUGGCAUUGGCGAAUCUGGAGCAAAAGUCAUCUCUGAUGCUAUACGAACCAAUGCUCCGGGCUGCGUGGUCGACAUCUGACCGAGAAAAGAGGAGGGUCGUACAUGUAGCACAGAAAUAACAGCAGGCAGGCAGCAGGUGUUACAAGAAUAAGGUGUAAACUAUGUAAGCUAUGUAAUUUAAAGUAAAUAUUACUUGUAACUAGUUGUUAUUCAAACUGCUUGUUUUGUGUAUUUUUAGAUUGAUAUUUGCAUAUUUAUUAUGAUAUUGCCAUCCAAGUAACAGUUGCCAUGUAGUGUGUAAAAAAAAAAGACUUGACUAGAAUGUGGCACCAUAUUAUUAUGUAAAUUACACUCAGUAUCCAUAAUUACAGAGUGGGGCUAACUAAGAUGUCAUUGUGUACAUUUGCUGUAUUUGCACAAAUAAAUCUGGUAAAUAGAAAUAAAA